AUUAUUGUUAUUUUAUUAUCAAUAUUAGUAUAUUAUUAUUACACUACAAGUACAGAUAACUAUUGGUCAUCCCGUGGUAUUCCUGGACCCAAACCGUAUCCAAUAGUUAGUACACUUAAAGAUAUGUUUACAAUGAGUAUACAGCAAAUGAUUUUAGAUAAUUACAAAAAAUAUGGCAAAGUUUAUGGUGCAUAUAUGGGCAAUAAACCAGCACUUGGUAUAUCAGAUCCACAAUUAGUUAAAGAGAUGAAUAUUAAAGACUUUCAUGUGUUUACCGAUAGACAAGAGUUUUUAUUUGGAGAUGAAUUACAGGACAGGGCUUUGUCUAAUCUAAGGGGAAAUGAAUGGAAAAAUAUGCGAUCAAUUAUAUCGCCGACCUUUUCGUCGGGCAAAAUGCGUGCAAUGCAUCCGAUUAUCAUUGAUUGUGUUCAUUGUUUGGACGAAUAUCUGGAACCAAAAGCCGUCAACAAAGAGACAAUUGAAAUGAAGAAAACAAUGGGUUGUCUGACAAUGGAUGUGAUCGCUGGCUGUGCUUUCGGUACCAAAAUAGACGUAUAUAAUGACCGAAAGCCCAGUGAGUUUGUCAUGAAUGCCCAGAAGGUGUUUACUAUAGGCUGGAGAUUCUUAGUAUUUAUAAUAUUGAUGUCUUUGGGCGAAAAUGUUAAGAAAUUGAUAGGAUUUAAAUUGACACCGCCGUCGGUCACAAACUUUUUUACUCAAGCGAUUCAAUCAAUUAUAGUUCAACGAAAAUCCGAGAAAAAUGUCAAACAUAAAGAUUAUUUGCAAUUGAUUUUAGACGCAAAAAAUAAAACACUUGACACUAGCGAUGAUAAAGACAUCGGCAGUGAAAAUAGUGAACAAAUUUACGGACAAUCAGACGAUAAGACAGAUAGCAAAACAAUUAACAAAAUAGAUAUCACAGACACCGAUGUCUUGGCCUCGUCUUUCAUAUUUUUUGUGGCCGGCUAUGAGACUACUGGUUCUCUGUUGUCAUUACUUUUCUAUAGACUGGCAUUGGAUGAGAAAUGUCAGCAAAAAUUAUAUAAAGAAAUACAGCGAUUUGAUGGUCAAUACGAUGAUUACGAGACAAUCGCUAAAAUGCAUUAUUUGGAGGCAUGUAUUGCGGAAACACUUAGACUUUACAAUCCGGUUGCGUCCACACAAAGAAUUGCGUCACAAGAUUAUACUAUUGAAAGUAUUGGCUUAGAAAUAUCGAAAGGAUGUGUUGUUAGCUUUGAUGUCGAAACUUUACAUCACAAUCCCGAAUACUAUCCCGAACCCGAUAGUUGGGAUCCCGAAAGGUUUAUGCCCUACAAUCGGGAUAAGUUAGUUCCCUAUACUUAUAUGCCGUUUGGUUUGGGUCCCAGAAAUUGUGUGGGAAUGAGGUUUGCAUUGAUGGAAGCAAAGACAGCCACAGCCUAUUUGGUCAAUAAAUAUCACUUUUUUCGGACACCGAAAACCCAAAUACCAUUGAUUGAAAUGAAAAUGCAAUUUUUGCGUAAUUUUAAGUCUAUUGAUAUCGGUAUUGAGUUGAGAUAA